AUGAUACAACAAUCGGUGCGGACUACUUUAAGACAAAGACAACGUUUUUCUUCAAGAUUUAACUUGUUGUCAAACACCAGAUAUCAGUCAAGUUCUUCAAAUGCUAAGGUAUUGCAAGAGAAAGAAGCAAAGUUACAGCAACUCCACAAGACACAGAAGGAGUUACAGAAGGCAAAACUUUUCAAACAGCAACAACAGAAGAAGAUGUUGGCAGAGGAAAAUGCUAAUAGGAAAAGUACGGGAGUAGAGACGAUCAAGCUGAAGAAGGGGUUUAGUAAUGUCAACAAGGUUCCAGAGACACACAAUUUGGAACCAAAGGAUGUUCUACUUGACAGGCUGUACCAAGGAUUCAACCCUCUUUUAUCACCUAUAAAACCUGCCUUAAAGAAAAAACAACCCAAGAUUCUCGUUAAUAUCCUGGAUGAUUUACAACUUGACGACGACAUGUUUGUUUCAGAAGAAGACGAGGUUAUAGACUCCAUGCUAGGUCCCAAACUAACGAUUUCUAAGUACAUUUUUGACAAGGAUCCACAAGUAGAAGCUAAAUUGAAGGAACUUGAUGCAAUGGAUGCCGAGGAGGUCAACGGCGGCAGAUCUUCAGCAGAUAUCGUGGCCGCUUCCUUCGAAGAGCGUGGCCAUUCUGGCCAAAGAGGUAGAGGUAGAUUAAGGGUGCAAUUUAAGAGAAACUCCAAGACACCAGGACCGAAGUCUAAAUCACAGAAGCCAAGCUCAGAAGGUGAAGAAUAA